AGAAUAUCCAAAGUCCACAAAUAAUACACAAAAUUAUAAUUGGGCCCCCCAAUUGAAGACGUCCACAUGAGCCCGCUUAGAAUUUUCUAACAUUUACUCAAACGACUUCCUUCACGAGAUGAAUAUCAUAAUAAAAUAAGCAUUUAUUAAUUCAAAAUAAAUGUAAUAAUCCCCAGAAUUCUUCUCCGAAAACAGGCGACAAGAUUCAGUUUUGAAGAUCGGACACAGUAAUUUCGAUCUUAAUAAACAAACAGGUCUGAUUCUGUAGAAAAUAGAUACAUUAGGUAGGUAGAAUAAUGGGGCAGGGAGCUAAUUUGCGCCGGGGAUUAGUCCUUCUGUCACUGUUACUUGUGUUCGGCUUAUCGGAGAUGGUCGGAGCCGUGUGGUUAAACUUACCGCCGUCGGGUACCAAGUGUGUUUCCGAGGAAAUCCACAACAACGUCGUUGUUUUGGCCGAUUACGUCGUAAUUUCCGAUGAUCAUUCCCAUCCGACCCCAACUAUUUCCACUAAGGUCACGUCACCAUACGGUAACACUCUUCAUCAGAAGGAAAAUGUUACACACGGGCAAUUUGCAUUUACAACUACAGAAGCUGGAAACUAUCUAGCUUGCUUUUGGCUUGAUAGCCAUAAUACAGUAACCGGGGAUGUAAGUAUCAACAUUGAUUGGAAGACUGGAAUAGCAGCCAAGGAUUGGGACUCUGUUGCCAGGAAGGAAAAAAUUGAGGUGAUUGAUGGAUCUUUAUUUCAAAAACCCUUAGUCUGCGUAUUCCAUGCAUUUUACUUAUUUUUGUGCAUUAACUCGAUUACUGUUGUGUCUCAAUGAAAUUUUGAGUUCUGAUAUUAUCAUCAAUACUCGACAAAACCAAGCUAAUGGAUGGUUGCAUUAUGAGCUCCUUCUUGUAUGAGCAUUGACAAAAAUCCUCUUGUAUUAAAGGUUAUAUAUUUUCUUCUUGUUGUUUUGCAGUAAUUCUUUUUUACUGAAAAGGUGGCAAGAACUAACGUACGCUGAUCAUGUAUGACUGUUUUAUUCAUUUGAACUUAUUUAAUGAAAUGAGGGUUCUUUCAAUCACUCGACGGUAGUUGUGCUUGCUAAAUGGUGUGUGUUGUGGUAUCAUCAAAGGUUUGCUGAGGAAUUACACUUGAAUUGGAAAUUGGGUUUUGUUUGUUGGGGUUUUGAGGAUGUAAUAUUCUUAGAGCUUUUAUGUAGGACCUUUAUGCAUCUAAUUUUUUUAAUUUAGCUGGUAAUAGAUAAAAUUACUGUGUAAAUGGUAAGACUAGUUGGCGCAGAACCUAUUUCAUGUGUAAAAUACUUCUUUUUUGUUUGGUGCAGGGUGUUGAGCUUGAGCUGAGAAAACUUGAAGGAGCAGUUGAGGCCAUCCAUGAAAAUUUAUUAUAUUUGAAGGGCAGGUAAGUAGUGGGCAUUUAGUUGUAAAUGCAGCAUUUCAUUAUCUUGGUGGUUCAACUAAAUACGGCCUCCAUUGCCUUAGUUUAUUGUUCUUUUUCGGGUGACUGAUUGUUUUGGACCAUUCUACCAGAGAAGCAGAGAUGCGAUCGGUGAGUGAAACGACAAAUGCAAGGGUGGCCUGGUUCAGUUUAAUGUCCCUAGGCGUCUGCAUUUUGGUGUCUGUGGCACAGAUAUUUUAUUUGAAGCAGUUUUUCCAGAAGAAGAAGCUGAUAUAGGCUUUUAUUAGUUGAAUCAGAUUUUCACUCCCCAGAUUAGCAAAUGAUUUUUAACCUUUUUUCUCCUUUUGUAUUUUCUUCUUUUUAAAUUUAUCCCGGUUAAGUAGAGCAAAAUUUUGGGAUUGGUAUUUGGUCCUAGAUCAUCCAGUUGUUACUUUAAGAGUGAAAAGUUGUUCAUACUGAUACUACUUGAUUAGAAUUUUUCUUCAUUAACUCCCUCUUAUUACUCAUACAAUAAGUUUUUUGAAAAAAUGAAAAGAUGAAAUGUGGAUGUACUCUCUACUCUGAUCUGAUGCAUGUCAAAAUAGUUUAUUUGGAUUCUGGUUCCGCAACAAUCCUAUCACCUAUACUAUCAGUAUCACCAGGUUAAAGAGGUGAAAACCGGAACGAG